AUGUAUGAGGAACCCAUCGAGUCAACCGCAUUAGGAAUAUGCUUGGUGGACUAUGAACCUGAGACUGAAGAAUAUCAAUUAAUGUUAGCAGAUAUUGAUUUUAAAUAUGUUGGUCUUACUUUCGAUGAAACAUCUCUUUUACUGCUACCCCUGCUACAUUGUUACAAGCUUGCAACAUCAUCUACCGAUCAUCGGUUAAGAGAGAUGGAGAAGAAAAUUCAAUCGCUUGAAAAUACUAUAAGCGAAAAUCACAAAUCGUUAGAAGAUCUGAUUAAACAACAACAUAAUCAGAUAGAAAAUCAAAAUAAAAUUAUUGUUGAAUUAAUGGCUGAGAAUAAGGCUUUAAUGAAGUCAUUCUUGAAGCAACAGACAUCAAUCGCUUCAUUAAAGUCGCUAUUCCCAAUAAAGAGUGAGGAUGCAUUAAAGGAAGUCAACAGUAAUAUAAAAGUUGAAGUAAGGGAUCAAUAUGUGCCAACAAUUUCUAUAUUAUUGAAUUCUUCUGUAGAGAAGAAUUUGAAAAAUAUAUUGGAUGAAUCGGUCGUUCUAGAGUACAAUGUGGAUGGCACCUACGGGAAAAAACGACUUAAGGAUUAUGAUAAUUUAUAUUCUGUGCUUUUAGAUGCUAUCCCAAACAGUACAGGAUCGCCUAGUUGUGAAGACCAGCUAAGAAAGGCCAUACAGCUUCAAAAGAAGAGGCACUUUAAAGCAGCUUCAAAACUACAGCGUAAUCCCCUUAGUAAUCCCCAAAAAUAA